AUGCCGUCGUUGUACCGUGAUCUUCAGCUUUUACUGGAGCCGUUCACAGUCGAGUGUGACGCGGCUAGGAUGAAGGUCAGCACCUCCAAAUGUGAGGCCAUGGUCCUCAGUCAGAAAAGAGUGGAUAGCUCUCUCCAGAUCCAUCAGAUUAAAUUGGGUACUCAUUCUCAUGGGAUGGAUCUGUUUGCGGUUGCAGUUCAUGAGUUUGGUCACGCCAUCGGCCUGGUCCACACCUCAGCCAUGGAGUCCAUCAUGAGACCGUACUACCAAGGUCCUGUGGGAGACCCUCUGAAAUAUGAUCUACCUUACGAGGACAAAGUCCGUGUGUGGCAGCUCUACGGUGUCAGAGACUCGGUGUCUCACACAAAUCAACCAGGUAACCCCUCUCAGACCCCCGAGCCUCCUGUCCUGCUUGAUCUUCCUGAAAACAGAUCCAAAGUUCUGCUAGCACGAGACGCCCCAGACAGAUGCACCAGUCACUUUGAUGCAGUGGCCCAGAUACGCGGCGAGGCCUUCUUUUUCAAAGGGAAGUACUUCUGGAGACUAACACGAGAGAAGCACCUGGUGUCCCUUCGUCCGGCACAGAUCCAUCGCUUCUGGAAGGGACUCCCAAACAACCUGGACAGUGUUGAUGCAGUGUACGAGAGGCCUGGAGACCACAAAAUAGUGUUUUUUAAAGGUGUAAAAUACUGGGUAUUUAAAGACAACAUCAUGGAGGAGGGUUACCCCCGUCCAAUCAGUGACUUUGGCCUACCCGUGGAAGGGGUGGAUGCAGCUUUUGUUUGGCUGCACAACGACAAAACCUACUUCUUCAAGGACAAAUACUUCUGGCGCUACGAUGACCACCUGAGGCGUAUGGACCUGGGCUACCCUAAAGACAGCGCCCUCUGGAAGGGGCUGCCAUCCCAGUUGGAUGACGCCAUGAGGUGGUCUGACGGGUUGUCCUAUUUCUUCAAGGGGAAGGAGUACUGGCGACUACUGAGCAGUGACAUGGAGGUAGAGGCGGGAUACCCCCGCCUCAUUGCGAAGGACUGGCUGCUCUGCACCGAGAUGCAGUCUGAUGCUCCAGAUUCAGAGAACACGGAGACGAGAGUCAACGUGCACCGCCACCCGGACCACGCAGAGAACGGGUACGAGGUGUGCUCCUGCACCUCGGACACCGCCUCGCCGCUGGGCUCCCGGCUCUCCCCGGCUCCCACCUGGAUGCUGCCCCCCCUCUGGACGCUGUUACUGACGUUCUGCUCCGAACUGCUAUGAUGCUGAAGCAUGGGACUGAAGCUCUAUAAAACAGACAAUCCAUCAAGUGGAAACUGUUAUCAUACUAUUUUUUUUUUCUCUGAAUCUACAGUUAUUUAUUUACCAUGCCAUUUUUGAUGGGGGACUUCCAACAGUGCAAGCACCCACAAUUUGAAUGCUUUACCUUUUAUAAAAAAUAUAUGAUCACUCUGCUGAAAUUUUGCAAAAAAAAACUUAUUGGAAAAAAAAUCCAAAUGUAAUAAGUUGAUUUUUUUUAGUUUGUUUUUUAUGUGCAGCAGAUAAACAGCAGCAAAGACCCACAAGCAUAUCUGUUAACUCGUGCCAGCAGUUUUAAAGUGACUCCUGUGUUAAAUCACUCUACACACAGACACACACACACACACACACCACACCCACACAUACACAUUCACACGUGCAAACAUAGCUGAGGCACUGUUUUGUUACAUAAUUUGUUCCAAAAUAAUCCAAAGUCAAAAAUUCCAAAUUAAAUGUCUUGUAGGUGAUUUUUAAUUUUAUUAACCUGGACACUGGAGAUGAAUGGAAUGGAAAUUCAUUUUCAUGUGGUGUUUCUAUCCACAAAUGAGAAAAAAAUAAUAAUAAUUCUGAGUCCAGACAAGAUAAAUACAUUUAAAAAAGGAUUUCUGCAUAAAUUAAAUGCCUUAAGUAACUCACGUCACUCACGCAAUGACUCUGACAUUUGGAAAAAAACGAAUCACAUUUGAUAAAAAAAAACAAAUCACAUUUGUAAAAACGGAAUCACAUUUGAAAAAAACUGAAUCAUAUUUGAAAAAACUAAUCACAUUUGAUAAAAAACUGAUCACAUUUGGGGAAAAAAACGGAAUCACAUUUGAAGAAAAAAAAAACGAAUCACAUUUGAAAAAA